AAAAUUGAACUUUUUUCAAGCAUUUCCGCCCGCCCAAAAAUUCCAUGGCGAAAAAGUCACUGCGAAUAAGCCUCUUGCGUGUCUUCUAUUCUUAGCCGGUGUCAUGGAGCUUCAAAAUAAACAAAGUUAAAUUUAAAGUUUCAAUGUUAAAUACGCGAAAAAGUGCUUCGUGAAUCGAUAAAUCGACUUUUUAUCAUAGUUUUUAGUCUUACCGUCGUCAAUUCGCCCGAGAUGUUGCGACAUUUGAAGUGCAUCAACAAUUUUUAUCCUCGUAGCAGCAUCAACCGCUUUCCGGUGCCCGAAAAUUUGGUCUCUUGGAACGAAAAAUACCCGGAUUACAAGCCAAUUUUCUAUGAAUCUCCAGUUUUGGCGGGAAAGGAAUGGGCUGACCCUGGAAUUGGCGAUUUUGAGCCGAAAUUCAACGCAGUUGAUGACGAUAUCAACAGAAUCAGCUUCGUGAGUGACUAUGAAGUGACAGACGAGGGUUAUCCAAGAAACCCAAUAGGUAGAACAGGCAUUAUAGGACGUGGAUUGCUCGGGAGAUGGGGACCAAAUCACGCAGCGGAUCCAAUUGUCUCGACUUUUAAGCGAAAUAACAAAGGCGACAUCGUUAUUCAUCCAAAAUCGCAAAAAAAAGUGCUUCAAGUGAUCCUCAUUGAACGCCAAGAUUGCGGCGAAUGGGCAAUUCCGGGCGGAAUGGUCGAUCCGGGCGAACACAAACAAAUUUCCUCAACUCUCAAGCGAGAAUUCUUCGAAGAAGCUCUCAACAGUGACGAUUCCAACACCGAAGCGCUCGAAGAAUUCUUCAGCAAAGGCGAAACCAUUUACGAGGGAUACGUUGACGACCCCCGAAACACGGAUAACGCAUGGAUGGAAACUGUCGCGGUGAAUUUUCACGACGAAACGGGCGAAAAAGUCGGAAAAUUUCGCUUGCAUGCGGGCGACGACGCAGCUAAGGUCAAAUGGGUCGAUGUCGAUGCGUCGCUGAAACUUUAUGCGAGUCAUGCGGAUUUCAUUAGGAAGGUUGUCGAACGAUUAGCAGCUCAUUGGUGAAGAAAAAUACCGAAUUUGUGAUAUUAAAAGCGCCUCGUGAUAAAAAAAAAGUCAAUAUUUACGCAAAACAAAUAAUUUUUUUCGAAUUUCUUAUCACCUGUUUGUUUUUUUGCUUAGCUUGAGUUGCAAUAAUGAGCUUUGUGCUAAAAAUGGCAUAACAAGUGAUACGUAAGAGAUAAGGCGAGCAGCACGUCCGUUGUGACUUUUAACAGAAACGUGAUAAGAAAUACUAUUUUUAGUGUCAGCAGAUUGUUGUAAAUUUCCAACGAUUUGUUGAAGUUCAUUCAAUUUUUGCAUUUUUAUGAAGAUUUUUGACAUGAAAUGUUUUAUGAUUUUAUGCGAAAAAAUGAUCAGAACUCAGGAAAUUAAUUCAAUUUUAAAUUUAAGUUUUCAUGAAGGGCUUAAGUCGUUCAAG